AUGGGUCUCAGUCCACAAAUCACCAACCUGAUCAUCAUCCUCGGGAUGAUGCAGGUCGCCAAGAAGAUUCCCUUCGAAGACGAGUCUGUUCUCAACCUCUGCCGCGCCGGCUACAUUGCCAGCAACCUGAUCAUUCUGAGCAUCUACCUCUACAUCCAGAACACCAUCAAUAAGAAGAAGGAUCUUACCACGCUCAAGUAUGUCGAACCCGCGCCAAUGGGCUCCAGCGAGGAGGGCAAGCUCGUCACCACUACGGUCCAGGCCUACGACCUCGCCCAGCUCAAGAACUUGAUGCGCUCCCAGAUGAUGGGUGUCCUGAUGAUGGGUGUGAUGCACCUGUACUUCAAAUACACCAAUCCCCUCCUCAUCCAGAGCAUCAUCCCUCUCAAGGGCGCCCUCGAGGCCAACCUCACCAAGAUCCACGUCUGGGGCCAGCCCGCAUCUGGUGAUCUCAAGCGCCCAUUCAAGCAGGCUGCCGGCUUCAUGAGCGGUCUCCAGAACGGCUCUGCCCAGAGCGACAAGAAGGCUGUCGAGUCGGCCGAACGUGCCGGCCGUGGUGGUGCCAAGGAGGAGUAG